ACCAUACCAUUCUUACAAAGUUAGCCAAUAUACCAAUCUUCACCAACCAAACCCUUGAUUAGUUUAUUUGUAUUUUCUUGAAAAAGAAACGAACCUCUCUAACUUACAAAGUAUUCUACUAACACUUUCUAAUUCCAUCACCAUCCCUUCCCAAUUACUCAACAAAAUUUCUCCAUCUCUCACCUGAUUUUGAUUCCUGACAUCUCUCCUUCCCAAAUCCUCACCUCAUAUUCAUCAAUGGCAACUUCAUUCUCUCUCCUCCACUCUCCUUCCUCUUCAAACUCACACUAAAAUAAAUAAGAACAAUAAUAAUAAUAAACACUUUAAAACCUCAAAAUCUGCAUCUUUUAAUUUGUGGGUUUUGGAAUUAAGCCAUGUUUCAGCAACAUAGGAUGGAAUUAAGGAGAUGGGUACCCUCAAUUUUGUCAAAUCACAAAACCCUUUUCACGGUUUUGUGGAUCAUGGUGUUUGCAUCGGUGUUUUUAUGGCAGCGCAACAUUGUUGAUGGUUUAUUAACAUUCCGGCGAGCUCCAGGGAGGCCAAUGCCGAGGCUAAGGCCGGUUGCUUUUAAUAUUUCGGAUUUCGGGGCGGUCGGCGAUGGCGGAACUGAUAAUACAGCGGCGUUUGAAAGGGCUAUUUCCACCAUUGCUAAGUUUGGGAAGAGAGGUGGAGCUCAGCUCAAUGUACCACCUGGAGUUUGGCUUACUUGCCCUUUUAAUUUGACUAGUCAUAUGACUUUGUACCUUGCUGAAGAUGCUGUUAUUCUUGGAGUUGAUGAUGAGAAGAAAUGGCCAUUGAUGCCACCCUUGCCAUCGUAUGGAUAUGGGAGAGAGCAUCCAGGGCCCCGAUAUGGUAGUUUGAUUCAUGGACAAAAUCUCAGAGAUGUCGUCAUAACUGGAAACAAUGGUACAAUUGAUGGCCAGGGACAGACAUGGUGGAAGAAGUAUAAGCGGAAGGUCCUUAAUCAUACUAGAGGUCCUCUUGUACAGAUAAUGUGGUCAAGUGACAUUGUUAUUUCUGACAUUACUUUACGUAAUUCUCCUUUCUGGACGCUACAUCCUUAUGACUGUAAAAAUGUGACAAUCCGGAAUGUCACAAUUUUGGCGCCUGUACAUGACGCUCCAAACACUGAUGGCAUAGACCCUGAUUCUUGUGAAGACAUGGUGAUUGAGGAUUGUUACAUCAGCGUGGGGGAUGAUGGAAUAGCAAUAAAGAGUGGUUGGGAUCAGUAUGGUAUUGCUUAUGGCCGUCCCUCUAGAAACAUUCUCAUCCGGAAUCUCAUUCUUCGCUCUAUGGUCAGUGCUGGUAUAUCGAUUGGGAGCGAGAUGUCUGGUGGUGUCUCAAACAUCACCAUUGAGAAUGUCCUUGUAUGGAGUUCUAGACGAGCUGUACGAAUCAAGACAGCUCCUGGUAGGGGUGGAUAUGUACGACAUGUCACCUACAGAAAUCUGACAUUUGAUGAAGUACGGGUUGGGAUAGUUAUCAAAACAGAUUACAAUGAACACCCGGAUGAGGGAUAUGAUCCCAAAGCUCUUCCAAUCAUUGAAGAUAUUAGCUUUACUUCAAUCCAUGGCCAAGGAGUUCGUGUACCCGUGAGAAUCCAUGGGAGUGAAGACAUUCCCAUAAGAAAUAUUACUUUCCGUGACAUGUCUGUUGGAAUCUCAUACAAAAAGAAGAAAAUUUUUCAGUGUGCCUUUGUACAAGGCCGUGUGAUUGGGACCAUAUUCCCAGCUCCUUGUGAGAACCUUGAUUUAUACGAUGAAAUGGGAAAACUCGUACGACCUUCUUCUUCACAAAAUAUAACAGAUAUUGAUUAUAAUAUUUGAGGGAUUCUCCAGGUUGCAGGGUUUUUCCUCUUCUCGCUCUCUUUAUGUCCCAAUAGCUGCAUUUUUAUGCCUUGUGCCGGAGUUUUUGCUGGAAUGCAGGGGAUCAUAGCUUAGUUUUGUUGGUCAGAUAUUUUUCCCCAUUUUCUGUAGGUUUUCCAUCGAUAUUUUGUUUAUCGAUUCGUUAAUGUUAGGUUUAUAUUUUACUGAUUUGUAAAUAGAGCAGAUACACAGAUAAUGUACACAAAAUGCAUGCGGAAUGGAAGUGAUAUCUUGAGUUCUGGAAACAAAAUUAGAAAAUAAGAAAGUUUUGCCUUUAUGGAACA